CAUGAACUGCCGAAGCAUCCCUCAGCUCUGGCACGGAUUGGUGUCUCUGACCCUGCGGACGAAUGCCUCUGCUGGACUGAGACCACCUGGCACCCUCACACGUUUCACAAACUGGUCCCCUGGACCAUUCCCACCUGUUUCGAAGGCGACACCCACGUGUUCCGCCUCAGACCCCCUUGGAUCUUCAACGGUAAAGGAGCCGUAGGAUUUCUGCCGCAAGGCUUCCAAGGCGUCUGCCCACGUGCCUUGCAUCAGGUGAACCGAGCUCAGACGCAUGUUCUCGACAUAAGCCGGUAAUCCAUCUAGGAAGGCCACCAAGUCUGGCAGCGUAAGCUGGACUCCGGCGAGGUGUAUGUUCUGGAGACGAGGCCAUAGCCGGGAAACUAGGAUGUCAGGAUGCGAACCGGGAGAGGCGAUGUCGAGACGAAGAAAACCGAGAUUGGGUGUUCUGGCCAGCACCGAGCUUGCAUAGUCGUGAGAUAGCGUCUCCGUUUGUGGCUGGUGAGAGAUGAGGGUAAAGGCCUGUAGUUGUUGCGUUGCAGAGGCAAGAUGGGACCGAGUUGCUACACCUGACCCGAGGUGACGCAGAGGUGUCUCGCAAGACAGAUCAAACCGCAUGUCAUGGACCUGGCCUCCAGCCCUUGCAAUGGCGCCUGGAAGUUCGAGUAUAAAAUCCAUCUGCGGCUCUUGGAAGGCGGGAUCCGGAGCAAAGGCUUCCCAGCCAAAGUCGUCUCUGACCAAGUCGGUCCAGGUUGUAGGAGACAACAUCUCGUACCAGAUGGGGCGCCAGGCAGAUGGAUCAAGGCCUAGCAGGCGACAAUGUUCUCGGACCAAGACUUGGAGGCUGGCGGCGUCCAGGGUGCUGCACGGCUUGUCAUCGUAUAUCAAGACAGUUCCGCGGGGCAUGGUGGCCACAGCCGAGGCAACCGUGUCGACAAAGGUUCCGUCGCUUCGCAGCGCUUCUUGCUCCCUGUAGAGCCUUUGGUACUCCCCAUGGACGAGACGCAGGGCCUGCAGCCACAGACUGUCGUCGUGCUCCAGGGGGGUGCUAUCGCCGUGUCCGUCCAGAUAUCGGCGGAAGAAACAAAGGGCGGCUCUGCGAUGAUGGUCAUGGGCGGCACGGGCGUGGAGGGCUGGUUCGACCACAAACUUGACAAAGCUGGCACAGAGGUCGCUCAGCUCAUGGCGAUAGGAAUGUAUGGGAACACGAACAAUGCGAACGCCGCGGGAGAUGGUGGGAUGGUGUAGGAUCUUGGUGAAGCGUUCGAGCGAGGCUUUGCGGCAGUCGACGGCCACGAGGGGCACCAAGAGAUGGGAGCUUGCGGCGCAGAGUCGCUGGCAACUCAGACGGCAGCUCUUGAUGUCUGAGAUGUCGGCCUGUGGGAAAGCACCGCAGAUUUGGAUGAGAAGCUCAUCGGGCAAGUCCAGAAGAUGCACCAUGGACGGCGGAGGGGUUGAUUUUGCAGCUACACUGAGCUGGCCAUGCCGGGUGGCUGGACGGAACCCUGAGGAUGCGGGCUCCCACCGAAACCGCCCCCCACGUUUGGAUCCCCACCCCACCCGACCCCGCCUGCCUGUCCAGGCCCGUCCCUACACCUCAUCGACCUCGAUACCUUACCUGCUACCUGGUACCAGGUGUCUUCUUCUACCGAGUACCUACCGAGACCGGGAUCACCUACCAUUGCUAUCUUCAAGCUUUCCAAUGGCCUUAAGCUAGGUACCUACAAUCCUGAUAAACACAUGGGUUAUUCCAACCCGUUUCAGUAAUGGAAUGCGGUCUGCGGGAAAACCCAAGCCCACGGAUCGGCCGUCGACCUUGCAUGCAAUAUCACAGCAGCCAACGGCCUUGGCAGCGGCUUGUGGAGACUGAUAAGCCCUCUCACCGGGCAGGGUGGCAGGCCAAGCCAGCUCUUAUCAGCAGCAUCGCAUCUUUCCCAUAGGUAGACAAACCAUUCUCUUAUCUCGCCCAGACACACACACACACACCUAGAGAGAGAGAGAGAGAGACAGAGACCCCUGGGCUGGGCAAUGGCCCCGGUCGCUGAUAAUACCGUACUGCACGGAGACGGCCGUUGCGUACAAAUACUGGCGACGUCACCUCCCCAUCGUCCAGGAGUCUUACCCUCCACCAAGCUCUCCCGUCACCCACACCCCUCACUCACCACUUCCCGUGCUCCCGUCGCUCAUGGCCGAACCAGAGAUCGUCCCCGUUACAGAGUGGCCGGAAUGGUCCUCCAACCCCGACGGCGGUGACCCGCUCACCCAGGAUCUCAACGCGCCCUACGACAAGGGCGACCUGGCCUGGCUGCUUGUCUGCACCAUCCUGUGCUGGCAAAUCACGCCCGCCAUCGGCUUUCUCUAUGCAGGCAUGCACCGCCGCAAGGCGGCUCUGACCAUGGUGCUGCAGUCCCUGUUCUGUGCCUGCGCCUGCGGCAUCCAGUACUGGAUCUACGGCUACAGCCUGUACCAGUCCCGAACCACCAACCCGAUCCUCGGUGAUCUCAGCCUGGCCGUCUUCAAGAAUGUCCUUGCCCAGCCCAGCCUUGCCAACAGCGACAUCCCCGACAUCUUGUAUGCUGCCUUUGGCUUCACCUUUGUCAGCGCCACCGCCAUGAUCUUGGCCGGAGCCAUGCUGGAGCGCGGCCGCCUCUUUCCCAGCAUGGUCUUCCUGCUCUGCUGGACGACGUUUGUGUACUACUUCCUCGCAUACUGGGAGUGGAACCCUUCCGGUUGGUUGUAUAAUUUGGGUCUCUACGACUUUGCCGGUUCGGGCCCUGUCCACAUUGCGAGCGGCUUCGGCGCCCUGGCCUGGUCCAUGAUGCUGGGCCCCCGUCUGAACGAGCACGGCGUCGCCCCCACCGUCAGCGACCGCAAGUCCAAGCUUGCCCACUACAAGCCCCACAGCCCGCUCCUCAUGUGCAUCGGCACCGUCUUCAUCUGGUUCGGCUGGUUCGCCUUCAACGGCGCCAGCACCGCCAACCUGAGCCUGCGGUCCAUCUACGUCGUGGUGAACACGAACCUGGCCGCGUGCGGUGGCGGCAUCACGUGGGUCAUUCUCGAGUACCUGUACAAGAAGAAGUUCAGCCUGACGGGCUUCUGCUCGGGCAUCAUCGCGGGCCUGGUCGGCAUCACACCUGCUGCCGGAUUUGUUCCCGUAUACGUGGCCUGCCUCGUGGGUGCCAUCACCUCGGUCUGCUCCUUUUACGUCGUCAAGUACAAGUACAUCCUCUCGGUCGACGACGGCCUCGACAUCUUUGCCAUCCACGGAAUCGGCGGUGUCGUCGGUGACAUCCUCACCGGCUUCUUCGCGGCCAGCUUCGUGCCCGCCCUCGACGGCGUGUCGGGCGCCUCGUACGAAGGUGGCUGGUGGAACCGCAACUUCCGCCAGAUGGGUCUCCAACUAGCCGGCGCCACCACCUGCGCCGCCUGGUCGUUCUUCGUCUCGUGCCUCUUGCUGUUUGUCAUCAACAAGAUUCCCGGUCUCCAUAUCCGCGCCACCGAGGAGCAGGAGGUUCGCGGCCUGGACCUGAACUACCUCGAGGACCUGGACUUUGAGGACGGCCUGGGCCAUGGGUGCAUGAUUUCCGAGGGUGCUUCCCGGCACUCCAACACGCCGCCUCAGCGGGAAAUUGUCAAGGCCGAGGGCGGGGAGAAGAAGGAGUAGAGUUGGGGGGGCGAUGUGAAUGUGACAUGAUUGAUGACAGAUGUUGCUGUUUUUAUUUUUUAGGGAAUACGGAUACCCUGGGAUGCCCUCACGAGGCGUGUAGAUCAUAUCAUAGACCAAGCAAGGCAGGCAGAGCAAGCGGGUUGUGCAUAGUGAAGCUAUUUUGUUGCCAAUUUCAGGA